AUGGACCUGGAUGAUGUGUCCCUGGACCCGGAGAGCCGACAGGAGCUGGCGGCGCUGCGCGGCCGCCUCGUGGCGCUGCAGUUUCUGCGCGAGAGCCGCGCCGCCGACUUCCGGGCGGAGGAGCGGGCGCUGUCCUCGGAGGCGGAAGAGGCGCGGAGCUGCUGCCAGGACUUGCUCGAGGAGCUGCUCGCGGGGCCGGGCACCGAGCGACAGCUGCAGGUUGCACUGGCAGAGGAGACGGCGGCGAGCCGGGACGCCCAGAGCUACGAGGCGGAGCUUCUGGCCCAGCGCCGCAGCAUCGCGGCGCUGCGGGAGGAAGCCCUGGAGCCCGAGGCUUCGCUGCCCCUGGCGGCCUUCGACACCUUCGAGGCCCAGAGGCUGCGGCUCCAGGAGCAGCAGUUGCGCUCGGAGAUCACGGCGGCCAGGCGCCAGCUGGAUGCGCUGAGGUCCGGGCACACGGCGCGGGCCUUCCACUGCGAACUCUUGGAGGAGGAGGUCCGGGUGCUCCGGUCCUCCCAAGAGGCCCGGGAGGAGAUCGGCGCACUCUCGGCCAGCUUCAGCUCCCUCGAAGGAGGCAGCAGCCUGGCCUCCGCUGCUUGGCGCCAGGCCAAGCUGGCGCUGGCCGGGUGUGAGGAGCAGCGCUUGUUGCGGGGCCUGGCGCGGGCUGCCAGGGAGACGAGGGACGUGGCCGGCACGCUGUCGCUGUCCUCGCUGAGUUUGGACUCCAGCCCUUCACGUUGCCUGGUGGGCUCUCCCGAGGUCAGAGCACGUGGGCACGAGGAGGCGACUUGGGACCUCUCCUUCAGCUCCUCCCUCUUCACCACCGGCGUCGGCUUCGAGCGUUUCGAGCCCGUCGCCUCGGCGCCGCACGCGCCGCACGCGCCGCACGCGCCGCACGCGCCGCACGCGCCGCACGCUGCGGAAGCGGCGCCGCGGCAGGCGAGCGGCGUGGCCGAAGGCUUCGCUCCGGAACCUCUGGAUGAGGAUCGAAACUCCGGCGUGGCAGGAGGUUCGAUCUCGCUUGAAAGACGCUCCUGGGGAGAUUUGGAGGCAGAGGCGGUGGCGGCGGCAGAAGCACCGGCGCUUGAGGCUCUGCCUUUGCCGACCCCGGCCUUUGAAGAUGGCCAUCGCGUCCGCCUGGCGCCAGACACGCAGUGGGCUUCGCUGGCGGAAGAGAUGCGGCGACUGGAGCGGGAGCUGACGCUGACGCGGCAGGAGGCUCGCUCCGACGCCAAUCGCGCCGUUUGCGACGCGGCAGCGCAGUGUGACGCCGUCGUGGCGGAGUGUAUCCGCCAAGAUGCAGAGGUCCAAUGCAUGGCGUCCGCCGUUCCGCGCCCUUCGUGUGACGCCUGGGCCCAGUGUGGGGAUGUGGCGAAACCGCACUCGCGGGAUGCAGCAGCCCAAUGUGACAUGGAGGCCGCGCUGGUCUCCGAGACUUCCGGCGGAGCGGAGGCUGCGGCAGUGGCCGAGGCGGCCAAAGUGGAGCGCCGCCGGGCAGCAGCGCACCAGCUGCGCCUAGAGCGACAAUGGGCGGAGGAGGCCGCGGCAGCAGCAGCCGCGGCGGCAGACGCGGAAGGCCGGUGGCGGCAGGAGGCGGCGCAGCUGCGUGCGCAGCGGCAAUGGGCGGAGGAGGCAGCCGCCAGCUCCGAGCGCGCGGAGCAGGGGCUUCUGGAGGCGCAGCAGGAGCUGCGCCUGGAGCGGCGGAGAGUUGAGGAGGAAGAGCUUCGCCUGGAGCGCAGGGUGGAGGAGGUGGAGGAGACCGCAGAGCGCGCCUCGCGCGCGGAGGUGGAGAAGGCCGAGGCCGCGUUUGCGCGGCGCGUGGAGCUGCGGCAAGCCUCGGAGCUGCGCGCUGAGCAGCUGGAAAAGCGGCGAAGCGAGGAGGAGCUGUCGAAGGCCCAGUCCGCGCUGCUCGCCUCGGAGCGCCUCGUGCGCUCCAUGGAGCGCCGCCUGGCCCGGGAGGCCGCGGCCGCUUCUGCCGCGGAGGGCGAGGCCGCGGCCUCCGCGGCGGCUGAGCUCAGCGCGGCUGAGGCCGCGGCUGCGGUGCAGGAGGAGACCAGGCUUCUCGGCCUGGAGCGCGCCCAGGAGGCCAAAGCCGCCCUCCAGGCGCGGGAGGAAGCGCAGCGCUACCGCCAGGAUUUCCUGGCGGCGUCUUCCGAGCUGCUGCUUGUGAGGGGCCAGCUGAGUCAGCUGCAGAGGGAGCUCCUAGCCGCACGCGCCGCUCGGGUUCCAAGCCGCACGGAGAGCCUGCCGGCGCCGCACUUCCGGGCACAGGAGCCCAUCACCGAGCCCGUCGCCAAGCCCGUCACCGCUGAGCCCGUCACCGCGUUGCCGCCUGCGGCUCCGGAAGACCCGCCGCGAGAGCGGGCCCUGCCUUUGGCGGAGCGCGCGCUGCGGCUGCGAGCGGCGGAGCUGAAGCGCAGCCUUGCCAGGAGCGACCGCUUCGGGGAGCUGCGGCUGGAGAUCGCCCAGGCGGCGGAGGAUCGGAGGCGCUGCUUCCGGUCCGUCAGCUCCUCCUCGUCCUCCCCGUCCGAGGUAUCCGUGUCGCUGCGCCCGAGGAAAGAGUUGAAGCGCGAAUCGGGGUGCUCGGGAGUGGCUGGGAGUAGCAAGAACCGCCUCAUGGGGGUGCUCGCGGGCGGCGCUUACUUUGUGGUGCUCGCGGGUUGCAGCGCCUGGCUGCACUACGCCAAGGUCCUGGAGGAGGUGAUGUGUGCCGAGCUGGAUACGGAGUUUGCCGCCAGGCCGGAGGCCUUGGGAAACCCGUGGCAAGCACCGGCCAAAGCUGAAGUUAGGUAG